CAGCACUUCCAUUUCUUUGUCUCCUUAAUCUUGUGCAGUUACUUGACAGUUCUAGACUUUUCAAGUGGGGCUCUACAAUAUUCUUUUUGUUUCAAUCAUUUCUUCGAUGAUCCGCUAUGCUUUUCUUGAUUGUACCAAUCCAUUAUAUAUUCAGCAAUUAAACUUAAAAUUUGAACAGAAUAGUAGAAAGGAAAAUAAUGAGCCUGCUGUGUUCUCUGUACAGGAAGACUGUAAAACAAUGUAAUCUUAUGGAAAUUUGACCUCCCAAACUAAUCCAUUGGAGAUUACCCCAUUUCUAUAUCAGACAAAGAAUUUACAGUGCGCUCUUAAGUUAUACUACAUUAUACUAAUAACUAGACUUGGGUAAAAGACUAACUUACAAAAUAUUCAGCAUUCUAAUGUUUCUGUUUUUGAGAAAGCGCAAAAGCCUCAUGUUUCAUUCCAUUGAAAAGUUAGAAGAGACACAGUACGCCCCAAAUGGGCCAAAAAAGAAAACCAUUACAGUCUGACCCGUGGGCUUCUAGAAAUGAGAGGUGGUAUGUGAUUAUGUUUGUAUCAACAUUAGAAAUUAUUUUAAGACAUGAUGGCAGAAAGCUUCAAAAUCAAUAGUAAACAGGAUUUGUUAGCAUCCACAGCUCUCAGUUGCAGAACAGAAUCAUUUGGCUGGCGAAAGAAGCAAUAGCCUGAAAAGGAAAACCAACCUAUUGGGAUGCUAAACUUCACCAAAAAGAACUCAUCGAUGUUUGAGAAUCAAUUAUAGUCUACCAAAAAGAAAUAGCACCGUAUGAAAAACAUGAAAAAAAGACUGGUGAGCAGGGCCACAGUUCAGAACCUCUUCUAUGUUAUGGUUUGAUGCGACAUAACCAUGCUACUCACACUGUGGCCUGUGGGUGGCUCAAACUGAAAAGAUGGGGAUAAAAUGUUGAACAAAUAAGAAGUUCUGUGUUCCUUGUGGGUUGUAUCUUGUUUUCCAAUACAUAAAAAUGCCAGCUCUAAACCAUGAGUAUCCAACAAAAGGAAACAUGCCUGAUUAAAUGAAGAGCAUGUGGUAGCCAGCAGCAUUCCACUAGAUAACAGCUUGAGCAUGCAAUUGUGUCAAGAUCCACCACCAAACUACACCAUUCUUUAUUAGCCCUUGCUGGCAAUAAGUGGAACAUGACAAUGUGAUGGUUCAUCUCAAGGACAGCAGACAUAAUAAAAAAACUGCAGUGAACAUGAGACGACUUUAGUGUUGUGAUCUCUAUGCUUCUGUCAAGAUCUUAAGGCAUAGCAGACAGCAUCAGGGAGAUGUAAUGGCAUGAUUCUUCAUGUCUACCAAUCAGAUGCUACAUCACUGCUGUACACUUCUUCUGUAUAAAUAGACGGCAGCAGAACUGUACAUACAUCAAACAAGAAGCUCUUCUUUUCUGCUUCUCCUCCUUUCAUCAACCACAAUACAGAGAAAAGCAUCAAGCUCAGAGAUGGCUUUCCACCUAAGAUCGAUAAGUUUGCCUUCUAGGCCUCACGUCAGUGAGACCGAAGUCGAGCAAGAACUCCACAGCCUAGAAGCAAGCAUCUCUUCCUCCAAUUCCAUCAGCACGAUGUGCGUUGGUCUCAGGAGUCUUGCAAACAUCUACGAUGCUCUUGAAGAGAUGAUUUGCCUACCAAGCAACCAGGUUUGCUCCUCCCAGCAGAGGAACAUAUUGGAUGGUGAAAUUGAAGGUUCUCUCGAGCUGCUAGAUCUGUGCAGCGCCAUGCAAGAGAUCUUCGUCGAGGUGAAGGCUAUCAUCCAAGAGCUGCAAGUGGCUCUAAGGAAAGGCAAGGAUGCCGCCUCUCAAGCCAAGAUCCAAUCUUACACCCGCUUGGUAAAGAAGGCCAAGAAACAUUUCAAGAAGACUGCGAAGAAGGCUCCUGCAGCUUUCAGGAUAGUCAUGCUGUUGGUCAAGGCCAGAGAGAUCUCUGUCUCUCUGCUGGACUCCACACUCCAUCUCUUGUCGAAGCAAAUCGAAAUGCCUAAACAGUCUCUUGUUUCCAAGGCAUUUCACAAGAAGAAGGCAGCUGUUUGCAAGGAGGAGCAAUUGUCAGGGCUAGAGUGCAGUAUCGGAGAUCUCGAGAGCGGAGUAGGACAUCUGUUCAGGAAAUUAGUCCAGAGCAGAGUUUCUCUACUCAACAUCCUUAGCUCGUAGAUACUCCCAAGUCACUCUUGACACUCUGAUUGGCAUCCACCUUUUAAGGAAUAGCUGAUCUUCAUACAGUUUUCCCAUAUUUAUACACGAGAUAGUAUAAAUGUAAAUGAUACUAUAGAAAGAGAAACAGAAGUUUUGAUCCAUUUCACCA